UACCCAAAACUAGCCUAAUCAUACUGUUUACACAAUUUCAGUGUUUGGUAUGCACUGUAUGUUAUGCAUUGAAUGUUUAGUUCAGUUUAAGUAUGUUUUCAGUAUUUAAACAUCAAUUAAAAUUUCUAUUUAGAGUUAAUUCUCCCAAAAAGUUUGUGUUUGAAAAAAUGAUGUCAUCCGCGAGUGUAUCACCCGUUGAACAGAUCGCACCGCCCGUAGAGCUCAGCAAACCGUUAUCCAUCAAUGAGCGCCAAUUGAUGACUCCCGGGCCCACUAAUGUCAGCCAACGAGUGCUCAAGGCUUGUGGUUUGCCUGUUGUUAAUCAUAUGGAUCCGCAAUUUUUCAAAGUGCUCCGAGACGUGUCCGCCGGCAUUCGUUACGUGUUUCAAACUCGCAACCAAUACUCGUUGGCCAUCACUGGGUCGGGUACCUGUGCUAUGGAAACCGCCAUUUGUAAUCUGCUGGAGAGGGGCGACACGUUUCUGGUGCUGUCGCACGGCUUAUGGGGUGAGAGAGUGGCCCUUAUUGGCCGUAAACGCGGCUAUAAUGUGGUUGAGUUAAAGAUUGACAAAUUGGGCGAUGUUUUCAGUUUGAAACAAAUUGAAGAGGCUAUAGUAGAGCACAAGCCAAAGGUGUUGUACGUAUGUCACGGCGACUCCAGUGUCGGUACACUUCAGCCGAUGGACAAUAUCGGUCGCGUUUGCCACCAAAACGGGUGUCUAUUAUUGGUAGACGCCGUGGUAUCGCUGUGUAGCGCACCGCUAGACACGGAUCGGCUGGAUAUUGAUGUGGUUUAUUGCGCCGCUCAGAAGGCGCUGUCCGGUCCGCCCGGAGUCUCGAUGAUUAGCCUCAACGACAACGCCGUCCGACACAUUAAAAACCGUCGGACAGACGUUGACUCCUAUUAUAUGGACAUCAAUUGGUUGGCCAAAGCCUGGGGUCUGGACGACGACAAUAACCACCAGUUUGUAUACCAUUACACGCCCGCCGUUUCCCUUAUGUAUGGUUUAAGGGAAGCGCUGGCAAUGGUGGCCGAGGAGGGCCUCAGUCACACUGUUGACAGACAUAUGAAGUCCAGUCUAAUUGUUCAAAAACAUAUCUCAUCUCUGGGUCUGAAGUUUUUGGUUGAAAAGCCUGAGCACCGGCUGCCGCCCAUCCUAUCGGUGCUCAUUCCCAAUGACGUGAACGGCAAUGAAGUGAUCAAACAUUUGUUGGAUUUCUAUAACAUUACAAUCGCUGGGGGUUUGGGUCCGACCGCCGGCAAGAUUUGGAGGAUAGGCUUUCUCGGCGUCAACGCCAACGACCAAAGUGUAGGCGUUUUGUGUCGGGCUUUGAGUGACGCGAUCGCCGACCAGAGAAAGAAAUCACCGAAACUAUAGACUAUUUGUGUUGUUUUAAAUUGUAUUUUUAUUUCUCAAUUUUAUUUGCAGAUUAAACAUUAUUUGUAUUUUAUUUUUAUUGUUAUAUAAAUAAGAGUUAUUUUCUUAUUACCAUGUUUUUAUU